AUGGCGUCGCCAAUAUUCACUACGGGACGCGCCAUAGUCACUGCUGGAAAUCUGAUGUACGCUGUUGGAGCAUUCAUAGCAGACUUUAACAAGACGCACGUGUACAACCCGACAUGGCCUCCGCACGCAAGGUUCCAUAAUGGACAGACGAUGAGCCUUGGUGUCCUUCUGGCAAGCAUGAGCUUGUACUUCGCGUAUCGGCCAGCCUUGGACAAGAAGCUAUCGUCUACAGCUGCACGGGAGAGCAUGCUCUGGAGCACAAUCAUUGGAAGCUUCUACAGCCUUGCUGGCUUGUCUGCUAUCUUCUAUCCUGGCACGGACUGGUACGAUCCGCCACUCACCAAGGAUCCUGGUCAAAGGUGGCUGUUCAGCGGCAUCGUGGUGGCGAUGGGUGCCGGCUAUGCCUUGGAGUCUAGCCGACUGGGCAAAGCCAAGACGAGGUAG